AUGGAAUAUAAAAAAUAUCGAGACAUUGACAGACUUCUCAAACUCUUGACAAUGCUUUCUCCUAAAUUCGAGUCUGUCUGUGCCUCAAUUCUUCAUAGAGAUUCUCUGCCAUCUCUAUCCAGUGCGUUGAAUGAACUUCUUUCUGAAGAAAUAUGCAAGGGACUUCUGACAACAAAACAACAUCAUCAAGAAGCAAUAUUGUUUGCUAAGAAUAAAGGCAUUACCCCUUUAUCAAAAGGCACUAGCUCCUUUCCUCAUCGAUCAGAUGGCAAAAUAGACUGGAGCAAAGUUCAAUGCCAUUUUUGCCAUGAGUUUGGGCAUACUGCAAUCAAAUGUCCCAAAAAAAAUAGAAGACUUACACCAUCACGACCAACUACUGCUGUAGGUACCACAACUGACUUGGUGAACAACGAGUCUGGUCAUAAGGGAUCUACUCCUAUAUUCACAGCUACUGAAGUGGAGGACAUUCUUGUUAAAGCCCUUGCUCGUCAGGGUAAUAUUACCUCUUCCUCUGCUUCUGCCUUAUCCGCCACCUCAGGAUAUGCCAACAUACCUUCACACCUAUCUAUACGUAAUGUUUACUAUGUUCCUAACCUAUCUGUGAACUUAUUAUUUGUCGAUCAACUUGUUGAAAAUGGUCUUGAAUGCAUUUUCUCUAACUAUUGGGAGCAACAAUUGAAGAAGGUCAUUGGGAUUGGCCGUAAAGUGAAUCGCCUCUUCGAGAUUGUUUGGCUCUAUACUCCUUAA